UUCUACAACUUGGUCCAUCGCUACAUAGUUCGGCUAUUGAUUGCCAUUUAUUUGAUUUGAUUGACACUUUUUUAAGUUCCCUACUUUUAUUUUAUGUCUUUAUUUGUCUUCUCUUUGCACAAAAAUCAUUCUUUGAAUUUUGGAGGAAAAAAAAAGAAAACUAAAAAUGGACACAAAUCAAGAAAUUGCAUUGAUACAAAUGAGGAAAUCAAUUGAAAAGCUGGGAUCUUCAAUUGAAAGUUAUGGAGAUAAGACAUUGAUGAGGUUCUUGAUUGCAAGAUCAAUGAACCCAGAGAAAGCUGCUAAGAUGUUUUGUCAGUGGAAAAAAUGGAGGGCUGAGAUGGUUCCACUUGGUUACAUCACUGAUUCUGAAGUUGCAGAUGAAGCAGUAGCUGAAAAAGUUUAUUUACAAGGAUUGUCCAAGAAUGGAUAUCCUGUUUCAAUAAUCAAACUUAGCAAACAUUUUCCUUCCAAGUAUCAAGUUCAACUCAAGAAAUAUGUGGUUCAUCUACUAGACAAGACAAUUGCAAGUUCGUUCAAUGGUAGAGAAAUAGGGGAUGAGAAACUUAUUGGAAUUCUUGAUCUCCAGAAUAUUACCUAUAGCAAUGUUGAUGUUCGUGGAAUGAUCACUGGUUUUCAGUUUUUACAGGCAUACUACCCUGAGCGCUUAGCGACUUGUUACCUUUUACACAUGCCACAAUUCUUCGUCACCAUAUGGCGAUGUUGUCGCUUCCUUGACAAAGCAACUCAACAGAAGAUGAGGAUUGUCAUGAGUGAAGAACAGAAGGAAGAGUUCAUCCGAGAGGUCGGUGAAGACGUCUUACCGGAGGAGUAUGGAGGGCGUGCUAAACUUGUACUUUUGCAGGAUGUUGUUGUGAACUUCUAACACAAACACAAAGUAGAGAAAUAAUAGAAAUGUGAAAUAAGAUGAAAAAGAAUAGCUUCAUAAAAAUACUACUUUUACAAGAUGGGGUGUGGCCCAUACUGAGCAUGGGCUCAACAUGUUUAAUUCAUAUUUAGAAAUAAAAAAAAAUUUACUUAAUUACAUAAACUUAA